UUGCCUUUGAUCUUUAUGGCCUUCUCAAUCCCUUUUCCCUCCCCUGUCCUUGUUUCGGCUCUGGCAGAAAGCGGAAAACUGAGCCAGAAAAUCUUCCAACUGGUUGAUUGGGACAAUCUUCCUUUAAAGCACACACACCAGGCUUGUGCUUGUCAUAUUUCACAAGAGAGAAGGACAAGAAGGAGGAAGAUGCAGCUCCUACUGCUAUUUCUCAUCUGUGUGUGGUCUCCUGUAGCCACUCAGCACCGCUUAGUGGAGGAUAUAUGUACUGCCAAGCCGAAAGAUAUCCCUGUAAAUCCAAUCUGCAUCUACCGUGAUCCUGAGAAGAAAUCACAAGAGGGUCCAGGCUCUGGUCCCGAUCCAGAAACAAUCCCCACCUUUACCAACCCCCGUGUCUGGGAGCUGUCCAAGGCCAAUUCCCGCUUUGCUGCCAUUUUCUACAAGAACCUGACCAGCUCCAAGAAUGCCAAUGAGAACAUCUUCAUGUCACCCAUCAGUAUCUCCACAGCCUUUGCCAUGACCAAGUUAGGGGCCUGUGGCAACACCCUUCAACAGCUCAUGACGGUUUUUAAGUUUGACACCAUUUCAGCGAAGACUUCCGAUCAGAUCCACUUCUUCUUUGCCAAACUGAACUGCCGACUUUACAAGAAGAUCAACAAAUCCUCGGAACUGAUAUCGGCCAACCGACUCUUUGGAGAGAAAUCCCUCGUUUUCAAUGAAACUUACCAAAAUAUAAGUGAGGUCGUUUAUGGAGCCAAACUCUGGCCACUAAAUUUCAAGGAGAAGCCAGACUUGUCUAGAGCAUUCAUUAACAACUGGGUGGCAAAUAAAACAGAGAAACACAUAAUGGAAGUGAUUCCAGAAGGAGGCAUUGAUACCACCACAGUUUUGGUACUCAUCAAUACCAUCUACUUUAAGGGCCACUGGAAAUCCAAGUUCCCCAUCGAAAACACAAAGGCAGAACUAUUUUUCAAAACACCUUCAGAUUCCUGCCAGGUGCCUACAAUGUAUCAGGAAGCUUCCUUCCGCUAUGCCUCCAUUCCAGGGUCCCAGGUGCAGGUGCUGGAGCUGCCCUAUAAAGGGGAUGAUAUUACUAUGGUCCUCAUCUUGCCCUUUAUGCACACACGUCUGGCUCAGGUGGAACAGGAGCUGACAUCAGAUAUAUUGGAAGGGUGGCUGAACUCCCUGAAGGAGGUCUCCCUGUCAGUGCAUUUGCCCCGCUUCCAAAUAGAAGACAGCUUCAGCCUGAAGGAAAAACUACAACAAAUGGGAUUGAAGGAUCUCUUUGACCCUGAACAUGCCAGUCUGCCAGGUAUAAUUACAGGAUCCCAAAUGAACUUUUAUGUAUCAGAAGCAUUCCACAAAGCCUCCCUUGAGGUGAAUGAGGAAGGCAGUGAGGCAGCGGCUGCCACAGCAGUCAUGAUCACAGGCCGUUCGUUUCCUUUGAACAAACUUGUCUUCAAUGCCAACAGACCUUUCAUGGUGUUAAUACGGGAGGUAGCCAUCAACUCAAUCCUCUUUAUGGGCAGAGUUGCUGAUCCAUGCUCUUAAUCCAUUAGUUGUUUUGUGAUGGCCUUGCCUUCUGUUUCUGGGCAUCUCCAUGUCUAGCUAAUAAAACUGCUUCCUUAUA